CCCAGGUGUCUGGUAACAGAGCUCUGAGCUAAAAGCUAGUAAGAAGUAACCCAAGCCAGAGGAACCAUUCCAGAAAGCCAACCGCAGAGGGAAAAGCUCAGAGCAUGGGGGAUUGAAUUGACGGAAGGGGGCUUUCAGGAAGCGGCCUUCGCUUGAUCUGAGUGCUGACAAAGAACACAGGAAGCGUUCUUUAAAAAGUAGGAGUCACAAUGCUGCCCAACGGGACACAGGAAGCAAGGUCUUCCCCUGUCCCCAAGGAUAGCCGCCUGAAGCUCAAGCCUGUGCCCAAACCUUCGAACUGCAGGAAGAAAAAGGAGAAAAGGAGGCAGCUGCAGCAAGAAGCUAACAUCCACAAAGUCGACAUCCAGACCCUCACCAGGGCUGGCCUCAAGGCCUUGCAGGCUGGGCAGACUCAGGAGGCCUUGGGCAGCUUCCAGAAGGCCUUCUUGCUGGCCUCCAAGGUUCCGUCCACCAGAGAUAGCCCUGUUCUUCGAGCCUGUGCCUUCAACCUGGGGGCUGCCUAUGUGGAGACUGGGGACCCGGCCACAGGACUUGAGCUGCUUCUGAGAGCCCGUCCUGAAGGGAAGUCCAAAGGCUGGUGUCGGGGUGACCAGUGUUUCAAUGUGGCUUUGGCCUAUCAUGCCCUCGGUGAAUUGACCCAAGCUUUGGACUGGUACCGCAGGGCUCUGGGCCAUUACCAGCCACAGGGGAUUCAUGGGGAAACACAGGCAAAAAUGGGAGCCUGCUACCAGGCCCUGGGAUGGCCUGAGCAAGCAGCCUACAGUUUACAGGAAGCAAGCCGGGCCUAUGCCCAUGCAGGCCAGCUCUGGGAUGCAGCCCUGGCUCGGUUGGCUGCAGUAAGAUGUAUGCUGAGCAGUGGGCAGCAUGGACUGAGGGAGGUGCUGCAGGCUCUGGAGGAGAGCCGUAAGCUUGCUGAUGCUGACCGGAGCACUGACCAGGGAUUGCUGGGGCCACUCUACAAUGAUCUGGGCAUGGGUUACUUCCAACUUCAAGUCUUCCCUUUGGCAGCAGAGGUCUUCCUGCAGGCCCUAGCCCUGUGUCGACAGCCGGCAGAGCAGGCAACUGUGCUCCAAAACCUUGGAAUGACCUACAACGUCCUGGGCAACUAUCAGGAAGCCCAGGAGUUUCACCGGAAGGCUGCCGAUCUGCAUGGCUCUGUGGGCCAGCGGUUGGAGCAAGGUCGGAGCUUUGGCGGUCUGGCGUUUUCAUUGAGCCAGCUGGGGGACCACAGGGCUGCUUUGGAAAGCUAUUUGCAUGCCCUGCAGGCUGCCCAAGACACUGGGGACACGAAGGGACAGUGGCAGGCCUGUGAGGGCCUUGGAGCGGCGGCAGUCAGACUGGGUCAACAUGACCAGGCCUUGAAAUACUAUAAGCAAGCGCUGGCUCAGUGUCAGGAUGAACCAGGUUCUGUACGAGAGCGGCUUGUGGCCAAGCUGGCGGAUGCCAUGCGGACCUUUUUGGCUCAGGAGAGGCUAGCCCAGGCUCAUAUCCUGACCUCUGCUCCUGGAAGGCUCCAGGCCAAGUGGAAGGCCUCCCUGGUGGCAAGGACCUCUGCCAGGGUACAAAGCAGUGCAGGAGAUACCCAGGACAGUAGUUGGGAAGAUGACGAACCAGAACAGGGCCAUGAGGAGAAAGAGACGGAGGGGCUGGUGAACAUGACUGCUUCGGUAGACCGUGAGUGGAGGGGUUGGGAGGAACAUGCCCCACCUGGAGUCAGAACUCUCGUCUCUCUCUCCCCGUCCCCCACCCAUGCCUGCCACCCACCCCCUGGCUCCCAGGUUGCCUUCCACAUUCCUGCUUGUCCAUCUCCUCCAAGCCCUUCCCAGGUGUGUGUGUCCCCUCCUGUUCUGUUUUCAUUUCCUAACACCUUAAACUUAGAGCACAGGGUUUGUGGAGUGCCCGCUCCAUGUCAGGCACUGUGCCAGGCCUUGAUUCUGAUCAGGCUGUCCCAAAGGCCUUGCUACUUGGUGAGCCGGCUUGAAUCACUGACAUGUUCUUUUCAAAUCUGUGCCUGGACGUCCACCCCACUGUCCCCGCCCCUUCUUCCUCUUCCCCACUGUGCUGUCCUGGUUAUGAAGAGGUCUGGGAUGAAUGUACCCAACCCUCUGCAUCCAGGCUUAGUGUGUUCUGGAGGCCUCAGACCCAAUGGAGUGGAGCACCCUGUCAUCACAGCACCCAACCAGCUCCAAGUCAAUAGGCCAUCCACAUGGACCAAGGAAGCCCUCAAGAGGAGCCCCCAGAGGACAUGUACCCAUUCUGGCUUCUGCACAGUCAUGUGACCUAUAGCUGCUGACCACAGCCCUUACCUCUGCAAGAACUUCCCAAUAUAUGCAUUUAGGGGCUUUGGGGGAGGAGCCUCUUCAGCUGGGUAUGGACAUAGCACUCCUGAGCAGGCAGGCCAAGGGCUGUGCUGGCUCAGCAUUGAGAUUCUCUUUGCUCCUCUUUGGGAGUCUUUAACUCAGUAAACAAAAGACUGGAAAGUGAAUGGUGAACCUUUGCUUCUCUGGAAUAGGAUGUCAUUAUUGCUAAGGCCUUUACUAAUUCUAAAAAUGACUCCCUAGCUCAGGUGACUUUGGGACCACUGACUUUCUCCAUGCCCCCUUUUCCAUGUGAGAGACAGGAAUGUCAUACAUAGAACAGAAGAUAUGAAAGAACAGACAUCACCGCCCCCUACAGGACACUACAGGUCACAGCAGCAAUAAUGAUGUGACAUUUAUUAAGCCUACUCCAAACCCUAAGCACUUUACAGGUAUUUCCUUACAAGAGCAUGUGAGAAAAAGAGAGAGCUGGGCAUGGUGGC